GGUUGUGUUCGUCUUGUCCGUGCUGUGUCCGUAUGUGUGUGUGUGUGCGCGCGCAAAAGAAAGAAAACAACAACAACGGCUACUCAGCCAAAAUAGCACGCACACGCCUCCGAACGCGCACAUCACACUCACACAAGCGAGCAGCACCUUGCGAUUGUUUAUGGUGUCCGGAGACAGAGCGCCCUGAGAGCGAGAAGAGUAAAAUUCCAGUCCCGUAGCAGACCGCAACACAAGGAGGAUGUGCCUAUGUUCCUCAGUUCAAUAGUUCAACCCUGUUCCCACUGCCUGUUCAACCUGCCAGCAGGAGGUGUGCUCUAAGAAGGGAAGGAAAACUCAACCACGAACCUACGGGAGUUUGUCGCAGACGCCAACUAGUUAGAAGCAAAAAAGUGAUGAAAUCGCGGGGUGUAUCUGCUGUGUGAAAUGCUGUUUCGAUGAAUGAUCCCGAACCCGUUGCCGUAGCAAACAUAGUCGGCUGAAAACAGUGCACAGUGUGUGUCCCCGGUUGUUGUGUAUUGUAGAUAGUGUUUCGUCGAUCGCACCCGACGAGUAAUUAUAAAUAUGUGAUUCGUGGUACCGUACCGGCCCCCUGGCAUAGAUGAUGACCGUGUAAGAGUGAGCGAUUGCUGGAUUCGUGUAGCACAAGUACCAUAUUGUGAAAACCUACAGCACUAGUGCUAGUUUCGUGUGUGUUGGAUGUAAUCUGCAUGAAAGUAACGGCCUGCUUGGCGACCAACGAAUGUCAGCAUACAAAGCCGAGCAACAUCGAGCAACACUGCUCUGAGCUUCGUCAUGUGCAGAUCGUCGCUGCUGGUUCUACAUCAUGCGUAAGGCAUCGUUGCUGCCGAUGAUCUGCGCGUUUGUGUGUUUAGUGAGGUGAACAAUCGGAUGGAAUAACGCUAUCAUAUCUCGUCGAUCCGAUCGCAUCAGUGUGCUGCACAAUGAUGGUGGAUGGUUCUUGCGAUUCGCUGCCGCUGCAGCAGCUGCCGUUGCUGCGGUGGUGAUGGCACUACUAGCCCCCCACCAACCAUGGCGACAACAACAACAACAGCAGCAGCAACAAUAUCAGAGCCAACAACUACCGUCCUCUGGCGGUGGAGACGAUUCGUGACAGCGACGACCGUACUGGCGACCCUCCCAGCUGUGUAUUUGUGCGUUUGGGCGUAGGAGUGUGCAAUGGUGGCUGUGACCUGAACCAUUAACCCUUCCACCCACUAUUAACAGACGAGCGGGCGACGGGCGUGCGCGCUGAGGUCCGACCCUGCUGCUUGCAGCAACGUUGGUGUUUGCGCCGCGUGGGUUGAUGAUUAUUGUGAAAGCCGUAGCCGCUGGUGUGUGUAUGUGUGUGUUGAGUGUUGGUUGUUUAUGUUGCUUGGUAUUUUGUAAAUCGAUGUGAAUGAAUUUGGCUCUGUUGCUACUACACACAGCAAUCAACCAAAUUCGGUGGGGGUGAGUUGCCUGCCAGUAUACAUCGUUGCAGAGCAGCAUCAGUCAAUGAGGAUCAGGUUGAUGAGACAGUGUAGUACCACACCACAUCUGGCUACUCCGUUCCAAAGACUUGCUUGGAGAGAAGAUGCUGUUGUGUGAUCUGCGUUGUGUGAGCUGUGUGUUGUGUGAUUGCAAUCAUAAGUGCGCGCCUUCGUCCUUUAGUGUCCCGGUCUAGUGCACCUUGCUAGCAAGUUGCACAAAUCUUUACCCACACCGGUUGUUCGUGCUACCGAGCCUGUAGCGACAGCAGCAUUUUUGAGUCGAUUGUAAAAGUCAAACAAAUCCCGGUCACGAGGCAGCAUAUGUUGGCGGUCACUAUUGUGCUACGGCGAUACGAUUGGUUGUGGUUUUCCGAUAACAAUAACAACGCGCCAUCGAGCAAAAGCAGCAACCGCAGUAUACCGCUACAUAUUCACACGGCAUCCACGCGUGCACGCAGUGUGGGGCGAAUGAAACGGUCGUCUGACCACUACACCUUCGACUUCGACAGUGGCGACCUGUGCAUUCGCUAACCGAUACGAAAAUUCCAUUUAAUAACCGUGUGUAACCCCGGCUUGCAGUCCACUCAGCAAAACACAUCUAUCUAUGUAUCUGUAUAGCAAAUAGUAGAGAGUGCAAUUCAGAAAGUUAAUCCAGCGAUCCAGCAUGUGAUAAACGACGGUGAAGGAGUGUUAUGAUAGAUAACAAGCUUCCAGCUUAAAACGUUGAAGGAAACGUUGAGAUAUAGCUAACCCAGAGGCAACCCAGAGGCCAUUAUAACGGACAACAGUAGCAAUGGUACCCUCUCGAAAAACGCAACCGAAGGAUCACUUCCGUUGCAGAGAAAGUUAGGAAACAAUAAGUCGACAGUGACCGCUGGGCGGAACACGAACAAGAUAUUCAGCCACGAAGUGGCGUAUGUCAUACGAGGCACCGAAGUAAGAGACAGGACGUGCCGCGAAUCGUGUCGCGAGGCUAGAAUCAAAGGGAGCACAAGUGCCAAGCGUUUUAUUAUUAAUGAGGAGAGGAGCGACCAGGGCUAGGCCAACAAACCGGUCGGUGGAGACAGCAUGAUAUCGCAAAAGCUGUCGUCACCACAGUCGUCAUCUGCACAGAUGCUGCCGCCCCCACGUUCUGCGCAACAAUCGACGAGCGCGAACAGCAACGCGGCGUUGGAAAUUGCUGCUGCAUCGGGCGCCAACAACGCCAGCAUGACGACAACGGUGGCCACCACGACCACCUCCGGUACGAAGAUGACCGCUUCUUCCGGUGGCCAGGCGAGCACUGUCGCGGCAGGAAAAAGUGCAACAGCGAACACAACCCCUCGUCAGCAUCCGAAGAAGCGAAAGUUCGAUCUGGCCGAACUGGAGGAAAUGGAAUCGCAUCGCCCAGUUCAGCCUCCGCCACCACCACCGCCGUCGUCGUCGGCUGCUAGUCUGCUUUCUCAAACCGCUCCCCAUCCCCCGAUUGACACUGGACCUGGUCCAGGAGGAGGAAGACAAGGCGAAGAAGGUGGAGGAGGCGGUGGCGACAAAUGUUCGUCCUUAACAGUGGCCAACGAAAGCGAACAGCAGCACAGUAGUAGGUCGAAUAGUGUUUACGAGCCAGAUCCACCAAGGGGUAACGGCUCGGUACUGAAGAACGGUACCGCAGCAGGUCGCCAUGGCACAGCCAAUGGCAACAGCUUCGAUGUGUACAUUAGUAGUAGUAGUAAUAGCACUAGUAAUUGUAACAAUAAUACCAGUAGUAGCAGUAAUUUAAGCAGAACCAUGAGCAGCAACAAUGCGUGCUUCGAAAAUAUGAGCUUGGCGGUAACAACGAUAGCGCCGAUGAGCUCAUCCUCUUCGGCUGCGACACCGCUAAUCCGCGAGCGGCCAAUACACGAUCUACGCACGGAUAGCCCUGAUCGUCGAUCUAUAUCGUCAUCAUCCCCUUCCAGAACUGGAGGACAAACGACGGCUAGGCUGUCGGAGAGUCACUGCGCUAGCCCAGCAUCGUCCGGUCAGUCGAUCGUGACAACCGUUCCUGCCUCGAUUAUGAUCAACAGCAGCAGCAUUCCGAGCGCUCAGUUGCAGCAUGUGACGCCACGUCAAACUCACUACUAUCAUCCACAGUAUGCCGGUGUUGGAACUGCCGCGAAUGGGAAUAUUGUGGGCCUAACGACCAGUAGUUCUGGUGGUCUCGUUAGCAGCAGCAGCAGCAGCAGCAGUAGUAACAGCACUGUAAAUCGAUCUCAGAGCUACACCAUUUCGACGAUUGCACCUACGGUGGUUACAGUAUCAUCUCCUGGUGGUACCCUGUUGCAUUCAGUACAUCAACCGCACUCUAUGGUUGCGAACAAUCGCUCAGUGUUGCUGCCCGUUGAUACACCAACGAUGCGGCAACAGCAGCAACAUCAUGCGCUGCGACUACAACGGACAUCCUCGCCGGGCGAAGCGUACUAUUCCGGCGUGAAGAAACUAUAUACGACUGCACCCUCCUAUGGAUCGCCUGGAAGCUACAAACCAUCGCAGACGCCGCCAUCGUCAACCCAGUCGGCCACCAACACUUCUACUCCUUCGCCAAUCCAUCAGUUGCCACCAGCAGUGACGUUUUCUGUGCCACAGCAACAUCAACCACCGCAGCAGCACUACCACCAACCACAUCAUCACCACCAUCACCGGCAACAAUCGCCGCAACCGUCCUCAGUGGGGCUGCUUGUAGAUGGUCGGGCGACGAGUGCACCGGCACUGCAGCAGCAUGUGGCUUCUGUUCCGGGAGGGGUGGCAGAUCGUAAUGUAAUCGAUCUGAGCGAAUGGGUCAACCAUCGGGUGCUGGCCCGUCGAAAGGAUGUUUACGAUUCCGGGCGCAUACGGGCCACGCAUGCACCGAGUACGGUUGUGAUUGGGUUCGACUAUCCCGAGGGUAGCCAACAGACGUACGCCGACGUGUUCCGAGGAAGCUGCUACGCUGAAGUAGCAGCAGGUGAUCAACAGCAAAAGCAGCAGCAGCAGCAGCAGCAACAGGACAUAAUUGACGAUGUGUGUCCUGCAUUGGCCGAUCUGCAGCCAGGUGUGCGGGUGUGUGUACGCGCCACAUGCGUCCAUCCGCACCCUGUCAGUACCGGUGGGGGAGACGUGUUUAUUGAAGGGAUUGUAAGAGAGCUGCAGGCUAACAAGAAACAGUUCGUAGUGCAGAUCACAGGAGGUGGUAUCGGUGAGAAGCAGGAGCUGCGAGUAGUCAAGAGAGUAGACAUCCGACUUCUGAAACCUCCUUGGUGGGACGAACUAGAAGAGGCAGUGGAUACCGGUGUAAACGGUAGUCAACGGGUGAUCGGAUCGGUGUCCAGCAUGGUACCACAGGAUGGCGUAGAGCUUGGCGAUCAACAUCAACGCACGAUCGUCGGUUACGUUAGUACAGCAACAGGCAAUCAUCAUUCGCACCAUGCACAUCUGCAGGGAAGCGGUAAUCCGAUCGAGGGUAGCAGUCUGGCAACACCCCCCGCCGCAACGGUGAUUUACGCAAGCACGGGAAUCGGUCCGCCGUAUAAGAACAAUAUCAGCAUCACGCAAGGUCGGGGGAUUCGGUACGAUCCGACCGCCGGAACGGUGGUAGCAUCGCAAUCGCAGGAUAGCAGCCAGCAUCUGAUCGCGCUUCAAGUGCCAUCACAGCUGCAGGCCGAUAGUCUGCAGUUGUCCGGAGAGGAUCAGCAGCAUCAUCAUCACUACCGAAGUGCGGCUACCUCACCCUUCCAAGCAGCACCGCUGCCGGCCGGUGAUGGUACUGGGACGACGACGCUGAUUGUUAGCAGUGCAAGCACCGCACACUACUCUAGUAAGUCUAGUGGCAGCGGUGGUAUGGUGGCCCUUCAACAUUCGUCGCAGCAACAACAGCAGCAGCAGGCGCAACAGCACCACCACCAGUCUCAUCACCAACAGCAGCAGCAGCAGCAGCAGGGAAUAGCGGUACCAGCACCAGCGCACAACGCUAGCAGCGCACCGUCGACGUCGUCAGUGAUGACGGCAGCGGCAGCAGCCACCGCGGCGGCGGGCAGCAGUGGUUCUACCGGUACUACAGUAUUACGUACCGUAAGUCCGGAUGAUUUGCGCACGACGAACCGAAGCUACGACUACGAGAGCGAUGAUGAAGUGCGCAGCAGUUUCCCGAUGGACGGAGAAACCGAAAAAUACUCAGGCAGUAGUAAACGGAGCAGUAUGCAAAGCCGUGGCAGUACCUCAAGCUUACUGGACCAACGAAGUACACCCCGAUCUCAACCAGCAACUCCUAGAUCUCAAGCGGCCACUCCCCAUCGGUUCAAAAAGGGGGACGUAGUAUCGACACCGACCGGCAUCCGGAAGAAGUUCAACGGAAAGCAGUGGCGCAGGCUGUGCUCGAACGAAACCUGUUCGAAAGAAUCUCAACGGCGGGGCUACUGCUCGCGGCACCUCAGCCAGAAGGGAAAUGCUCUCCGUUCGUCCACCAGCUCGGUGACAAACCAUUUCAACAGUCGAUCGAGCAGUAAGACGCAACUGGACGAGGAAACAUCGAGAGAUUCGGAAACAUCGCCACACUAUCGCGUCGCCGGAAGGUUCGAUCAUGAUGAAACGGAUGCUGCCAACGUGCUCGUAUCACUCAGCAGCUCCCGAUCAGCGACACCGAGCAAUUCGUUUUCGUCACCCACGGGGCAUGGAUCGUCGCCACACGCCACCCAAUCGCCAGUAACAAUCGGCAAUCGGCAGAAUGUGUUCAUGCCAAUCGGUAGCCCGGCACCCUCCGCUGACACGCCGCAUGGUAGUGGCAACAGCAAGUACAAAACCAACACACCAAGUCCGAAUCCGCUCGGAGGCAGCACUGGUGGUGGAGCUGGUGGACCUAGUGUUAGCAUUAGUGGAGGAAUCGGUAGCGGCAACCUGGGUAGCAUUUCUUCCGGUGGUCAUCACCAGCUGAUACGUCCUGAAUCGUUGCGUCCCGCACAGUCGGUAACCGGCGGUGGUCAUGGUAGUAGUACUGUCGCUGCAGCUGGUGCAAGCACUGCACCUUCCGCACCGACCAGCGUUAUACGAAUGUCACCGCUCUAUCCCCAUCAUGCUUCUCAUCCGUCGGCCAUCUAUUCGUCGUUUCCUCCCGUCUCAACGCAACAACAGCCACAGGUGAUCAUGGAAUCUAUUUCAACUGUGUCCUCACCGCAGCAGCACGAGCAGCAGCAGCAGCAACAGCAGCAACAACAGCAACAGUCUAAUAGCAACCAUUUGGCGUUGCCUCCGGCACAGCAACAUCCACACGCUCUAGUAACAACGAAUAGAGUACUCGUGACGAAUACGCUCUCGCCUGGACAGGCUUUGCAAGCCGCACAGAAACAACAGCAGUUGCAACAGCAUCAUCAUCAUCAUCAUCUGCAUCAAGGACAAUCACAUCAUUCGCCGCAGCCACCACCACAGCCAGCUCAUCAUCACCAAACGAUCGUACACCAACAUCAUUCACUGCAACAGCAAUUUCAGCAGCAGCAACAGCAGCAGCAGCACCUUCUUCAACAUAACGCUGCGGCCGCCACAACGGUCGUACUGAACCAACACCAGUCGUUGACCGUGCCAAAAAACGGCAUUAGCACGGGUUCCACCUAUCAAUGGCAUGCAUUGCUUCCGAUAAUACAGGGGCCACCAGUUGCGGGUAAAAGCUCGCUUCUGAUGCACCCGGCUUCGGGCUACGGAGCGACGCCACCGCCCCCGCCGCCUCCAUCUGCCUCGUUAUCGGCUUCGUCGACGGUUGGCGUCACAUUACAACAUCUUGGGCCAGCAAGCAAUAGCGUGACCACGACGAAGGCUUCAACGCCAUCACCAUCGCUGCCACCCUCCUCUACGCCGUCGUCUAUUAUCGCCACUCCAAAAGUGUCAGCGGCCUCCUCGGCGGUCUAUAACAGUACCAGCUCGCCGCCCCCGCCUGAGGUCCUGCCUAUCGACGAUGACGACCAAGGAGACGAUGAUGUCUUUGAAGCAGAGCCCGUGAAAACAACGACUACUACGAUGACAGCAACCACGACCACUAAUAGCAGCAACA